AUGUUCGAUGAGAAAAUCAAAGCUAAGAAGGAAGUUCAGAUUUUGACGGAUUUUGAAGGAACUUCUGAUGAAAAUGGGAUGAAUGCGAAGAUUAUUGGGAUUGCUCCGAUUGAUUUUAUGCUCAAGAUUUGUGCUCAAAAUUCACAGUGAGUUUUUAAACAUCAAAUUGCGUUCGAUUUGACACCAAAAAUGUGUAUGCUAAAAAAAAACCUUAAAAUCUUUAAAAAUUACAGAACAUUGAAAAAUGCUGGCAUUUCAAUCUUCUGGACUUCGAAAAACGAUCAUAUUCAACUCGAUUUUUACUUGAAUCCCAAUUUCAUAAUUGAUAACAUUUUCGAUUUUGAACAACUCGAAAAAUCGUGCAAAAAUGCUCAAAUCCUCAACAAAAUCUUCAUCGAAACAUUUACCGGAAAACCAAAACAACUUCUCAAAACAUUUUUGGAGUUUUCCAAUUUCGGCAAAUUUCGAAACAAAUCGUUUUUCGUCGCAUUUUUCGAAAUAUUUGAAGUCGGAAAUGAGAAAUCAGCGGGUUCCGAUUGA